CACCGAAAUAGACCGCGGUGCGCCGGCGCACAGUUCGGUCCCAACCCGCGACGCAUGCGCGGCUCGAAUAAGAAAUGGCUCGACAGUUCUAAGUGAAUUAACUUGUGAUCAUGUGGGGUUUAUUGUGUUUUGUAUUGGUGGUAUUUACCAGGGACAGUUAUGGAUACAUUGGAGACAAAAUGACAGAGACGAUCCAACUGUGCUGCAACGAAGGAAGGACGUUGGCAAGGAGUCACUCGUACCAAGACUGUUCCGCAUCACAGCCGGUGCCUGCUGGCGUGGCGUCAGACUUUGAGUCCUUAUGCAUCAUAGCGAGAGCGCAAUGCUGUAGAGAAUAUUUUCAAAAGAAACGGGAUUGCGACACUGGCAUUGACAUAGCCACGAGUUUGAAAACUUGUUCCUCAACAAAAGAUUCUGCAAAGCUAUGCUGUGAGGAAUGCAUGAAGGGUUCAAAUGCAAAGGAGGAAAGAGGCGUUGAUGUUUGUAAACGAAGGUCCGAUGGCAACGGGUCUGAAGAGUUACUGGCUGAUGAUGCUUAUAUCCAGUGUUGUGAGAAAACAGCACACGAGAGUUAUAAAAACGAAACGGUAGCCACCAAUUCUGUAGUGGUCACGAGGAAGCCUGUGAAGGUGAUCGCGUCUCUGUGCGAAGACUACGCGCCGAACGAGCUAUGCGCGCACCACUGCAUUCCAGUGCCGGGUUCUUACCGCUGCGAGUGCAACCCUGGGUACAUGCUCAUGGCAGACGGCAGGAACUGCAAGAAGGUGAUAAGGAACAGGUGUAAGCCCCACAACCCUUGCCAGCACAAGUGCAACGACAACGGCGUGGAAGUGAUGUGCUCUUGCCGACGCGGCUACGAACUGAUGGCUGAUGGCAAGUCUUGUCAAGAUAUCGACGAAUGCCAGCUAAACCUCCAAGUCUGCCUUCCCGGCACACAGUGUUCCAACGUCCAGGGUUCAUACAAAUGCAUUCCAAUCAAAAAGGAUAAGGACAGGGGAAAGUGUCCGCCAGGCUUCUCCAGAAACAUCAUCAACCACGUUUGCGACGAUAUAAACGAAUGCAAACUGCCAAAUCCGCCAUGUCCAUUUUACCUAUGCGAGAAUACGAUAGGAGGGUUCAAAUGUGGUGGGGUUGCAGGGGACCCUUCAAACCUUGGGAGCACUCCCGUCCCUCCAACAGAGGAUAAAUGUCCCACAGGGUUUAAAAUGGGAGCUACCUUGGAAUGUGAAGAUGUGGAUGAAUGCGCAUUGCACAAAGACGACUGUAACAAGCUAUCUCAGUUCUGCAUAAACACUCAUGGCGCAUUCCACUGCCAGGACAUUGCGUCUAAGCACUGUCCUCCGGGAUUUAAGAUAAACGCGCUCUCCGAAAGGUGUGAAGACAUUGAUGAAUGCGAAGACGACGACGAGAUAUGCCGUGAAGACCAGAUAUGCGUGAAUCAACUCGGCCAGUACGACUGCAAGCAAAAGGAAGAUAAAAUAACGACAUCAAAACCUGAAUGUCCAGAUGGAAUGCGAAUACAGAAUGGAUUUUGUGAGGAUAUUGACGAGUGCAAGGAAAACACCCAUCUCUGCGACUUGCAUCAAAGCUGUUUGAACACCAAUGGUAGUUAUGACUGCCACUGCAAGUACGGUUACGAGUUGGACAUCACCACCAAUCGAUGUGUUGAUAUAAACGAGUGUGCUACUGGUCAGAACGACUGUUUAAUCGGCUCCCAGCGCUGCGACAACACAGUUGGCUCUUACCUCUGCAUCAGAAUUACCUCUUGCGGCACUGGAUAUAUUUUGCACCACUCGACCGGUAAAUGUGAAGACAUUGACGAGUGUGCCCUGGGCACGCACAACUGUCUCCGAGCUGGCCCGGAGUACCAGUGCUUCAAUAUCCCAGGAUCGUUCCGAUGCGUACGCCGUCGACCUACUACCACACCCCUCCCGGAAUAUGAAUACGAAUAUUAUGAUUCUGAGGAAGAAAUAAGCGGGAAUCAAACUGGGAUAGAUAUGAAACCGCCACAACCUACACCGAUGCCUACCACAACUACCACGACCACGACUACAAAACCAACCGAACCACCCACUACACAAAAAACUACUACAGAAGUAUCCACCGAGCUAACCCCUGCGCCUACACCCGAUGACAGGAUAAAUAAUGUAGUUCCCGUAGACUUUGAUAAAGAAAAAACAGAUAUUACGUACGUCGAUACAAAACCAUCAGAAAGGCCUACCACAUACCAACCGGAAACCGAGACUACCGAAAAACGCGAACCCGAAACGCCUGCACCAAAAGAAAACGAAAUUCAACCGGAAAUCCCAUACGUAGAUCCAAAACAGCCCGAGUUCCAUCCAAUUCCUGAAUCCACCUCAGAACGAGAGGAUAUCGAAGGACCCAAAUAUGAUUACGCGCCAGAAGAUCCAGUAACUCCUUUUGCUCAACCAAAACCAGAAGAAAGAUCAGAAUCACCCAUUCCGAUUCCAGAGACUCCUCCAACCAAGGUUCCACCGAGGUUUGAUUAUGGUAAACCAGCGCCCAAAGAGCCUGAAAUUUCCAAUACGAUAGACCCAAUACCGUUACCAGAAAGUCCUGAGACGACGUACAGAACGCCUGAAGGGACCAGCCCGCAGUACCCCCAUACAGUGUUGCUGAAUCCAGGAAAGGAGGAAGCUGUAGUUCCAGGGGUGAAGAAGGAAGAUGGUUCUGUAGUGAUUGAUACCAACAAUGUACCCAUAGAUAAAUGGACGAAGAUAGACACCAGGCCAGCAAUUGAAUGUCCACCUGGUUUUGAAAAAGAUAAUGAUGCUUGUUUUGACAUCGAUGAAUGUGCAUCGAACACACACAGUUGUUCAGGUCUUACUGAAUCUUGUCGCAACACUAUGGGCGGGUAUGUGUGCGACUGCGCACCUGGUUUCCGCAGAGACUUGACGACCGGCGCCUGUGACAUCGUCACCACGUCUUCUACCAGCACCACUUCUACCACAACAAGUACCCUUCCACCACCUACUACUACGGAGAAGAGUAAGAACUUCUUCUGGGGCUAUCCGGAUUAUCGGCCACCGUCGCGACCUUUCCGUCCUAUAAACCUCUGUGAUGCUGGAUUCCAUCUUAACUCACAGACCGGCAGAUGUGAAGAUAUAAACGAAUGCACAAACGGACAAGCCAACUGCGCUUCAGUGGAGAUAUGCGUGAACACAGAAGGAGGAUACCGCUGCGAGUGUCCACCGAAUUGGAGGCUGGACGAGGUUCGCCAUCGCUGCAUGCCGAUCAGGGUCCAUGGGAAAUUCCCACCAGGAUAUGGAAAUGUGCCGACUUAUCCUGCAACAAAUACGAAGACGCCAGUAAAUAAGACGCCUAAUCCUAAGGUCCCAGUGGUCACGCACGUUGACCAGGGGUCCGUGUUCAAAUGCCCCUGGGGAUAUAAACUAAACGACGACAAUACCUGUCAAGACAUCGAUGAAUGCGCGACGGGAGAGGCCAAGUGUGGCCGCAUCCAGAUCUGUACCAAUCAGCCUGGAGGGUACACCUGCAGCUGCCCUCCAGGUCACAGGCUGGUGGGAGACCACGAGUGCGAGGAUGUCGACGAGUGCGUUGUUGCUGGGAGAAUGCCCAUAUGCUCUCAAAACGCGGACUGCUUGAAUACAGUAGGAUCGUACCAAUGCAGAUGUCAUAAAGGAUUCCGAUCAGCGCCGGUCAAUGAUAAGGUUUGCGUCGACGUUGACGAGUGUACGGAAGCAAGAGCUGGUACUCUUUGCCAGCAGAGAUGUAACAACGUUUGGGGCAGCUACAGAUGCUCCUGUCAUAGAGGAUACAGACUUAAUCCAGACAAUAAGACCUGCUCUGACAUCGACGAGUGUGUGGAGUUCAAAUCCAACGUCCCAUGUGUGGGACGGUGUCUCAACGAGCCUGGUAGUUAUCGAUGCGCCUGUCCUGGAGGCUACAGGCUGUCUGAAGACAAGAGGAGCUGUAUAGAUAUCGACGAGUGUGAGACCGGAAUAGCUUCUUGCGCGAAGAGUGGCGUGUUCGGAGGCACCAGCCACAUCUGUUUGAACACCAGAGGGAGUUACAGGUGCCAUCGCAUCAGCUGUCCGCCUGGAUACCGGCUUGAAAGUAAACACCGUUGUAAGAAGAUCGAAACGUUAUGCUCACCAGGGGAUUGGAAUUGUACUCACCAGCCCACCAGCAUCUCCUACAACUUUAUCACCUUCGUGUCCAAACUUUACAUACCUGAUUCGAAGGUAAAUCUGUUCACAAUGCGCGGCCCUGGAUGGCCGAACGCGAGGAUGAAAUUCGUCCUGCGGCUGAUCAAUGUGGACGCGCCCCCCAGCGUCAGGGACAAGGCUGAUAUCAAGGCGUUCUUAUUGAUUCAAAACAACACGGAAGCAGCGAUGUCUUUGGUAAGACCGUUAGAAGGACCACAGAGCAUAGAGCUCGAGCUGUCUAUGGAACUUUACAGUAGAGACCAAUUUGGAGGAAUCGCCGUGGCCAAAAUAUUCAUAUACGUGUCUGAAUAUGAAUUUUAAAAAGUCUGUGAAAAUCUAUUCCAUCUUAUAAUGGUAAUAAUAUGUAUUUUUAUAUGACAAAUGAAAUCGCCUUUACAAUUUUUUCCUACAUUCAUCACAUUUUUACAAUGGAACAAAGUGAAAAAUAUAUUCAAACGAUUUUUUAAUUUCAAGCUAUUUAAUACAAAGCUCGAUAGGCGAUUAUUUAUAUGUUCUUAAGUUUACGGGAUGUUAAUACCACGUCUGUUUUAAAGCAGAAUUGUCUAUUUUUUCAUAUUUUAAUUGUCCAAUAUUGUAAGCAGUUAGAGUUGAAUAUUUUUUAGCUGUACUUUAAAUGUAUUCUUUUUUUCACUUUUGAAGUAAGAAUACAUUUCUUUUUGCCUUUUUUACGUGUCAAUUUUAAAUAUUUAGGGCCCAAUAUUUAAUGAAAUCAGUAUUGUUACGUUAACCUAUAUUUGUUUAGUGUAUACUUUUACGUAUAAGUUAGAAAAGCGCGGGAAAGGUCUUCUAAAUUAUGUCAACCACGUAAAAAACUAUUUAAUAUCUCAACUGUGCCAUAAUAAUUUCUUUGUAUAUUAUUUUAGUUUUAAGAAUAAACAUCUGUUACUCCGUCUUAUGAAUCUAAAAAAAAUGUUAAUGUGCGCUAUUUUUUUUUUAAUUACUUGACGGAUUUUGCUGCUUUGCUUGAUUACGGAGUUUGUAAAUUGCUUUUGAUUGAUGGCUUCCGCAGAUCGCGAAUUCAAAUUACCUAACUGCUUAUUAUCAGAAAAAUGAUUUUACGUGGAUGACAUAUUUUUUAUGAAUGUUUGUUCCAGUUUUAAUUUUAAGGUGCUUAAAAUAAAAUACUUUUAAUUUUAUAGUA